GAUGCGGCUGCCUCUCAAGUUCCAAGAAGAAAAAAGGACAGAGAAACAGAGGUCCAGUUUGCUAAAACCCUUGUAAAACCCUGCAAAAUUCUGUUUAUCGAAAAAGCCUCAUAUUUGUGAACUAGAGAAGGAACGAAUACUCUUUCUCUCUAUCUCUGCAAUGGCAACACCGUACCAUGCUCAAGCUGUCAAGUCUCUCAAUAAAUCUCCUGGCCGCAGGCGCUUUGUUUUCAAGACUUUCUCUCAGAGAAUAGAGGAUAUUGAUAUAAAUGUAUUUCGAAGCCUUAAUAAAAUCAAGUCGGAGGCCUCUGAAGGUUCAUCUUUCCUUCGGGAUUGCCUUGUCGAGUGGAGGGAACUGAAUACUGCAGAGGAUUUCAUUUCAUUUUAUGCGGAAGCAAUGCCUUUUGUACAGACGCUACCCUUGGUACUCUUGCACAAGGAAUUGAUAUUUACUAAACUUAUAUUGAGAUUGCAAAUGAAAGCAAGAUUAUCUCUUGAGCCUAUACUCAGGUUGUUGGCAGCCUUCUCUAGAGACCUUCUUGAAGAUUUUCUUCCCUUCCUGCCUAGGAUGGCUGAUGCAUUAGUCUCUCUCCUCAAAAGUGGUGCAGAUAGGGAGCCAGAGAUCAUUGAGCAGAUUUUUACUUCAUGGUCAUGCAUCAUGAUGCAUUUGCAGAAGUAUCUCAUACGGGACAUCAUAAAUGUUCUCAAGGUUACAGUACGAUUGAGAUAUUACCCGAAGGAUUAUGUCCAAGAGUUUAUGGCAGAAGCUACAUCAUUCUUGCUGCGGAAUGCACCUGUUGAGCAACUUAUAAAAGGUAUUAGAAAGACCAUGUUUGAAGUUGUGAAGAAUCCAUUACCUAUACGGAAGUCUGGAGUUAGUGCUUUGUUAUGUUAUGUUAUGCUAGGAACCUCAUCGAGGUUCCAUUCAGGAGCUGAGAGAGUUUUGCGUUUAUUGGUGGACAAUUCAAUAUUUGCUAUUGGUGAUAAGUUUCCUGAAGGUUCAGAUGCUAUUCUUGAAGUGGUGAUUAGUGCCUUUCAAAAAUUAUCGGAGGAGCUAGAACCCAAAGAGUUAACUCUCAUGUGGGAGUGUUUGUAUCAGGAAAUAAAUGACUCUGAAACUAAUGGAUCCUUUUUGCAUCUAAGUCGCCUUUUAUCACUACUUACAUCUGCUGUUCAGGUUAAUUACGGGCGUGGUGUUUCUAAUUAUCAACAAAUGCUUAAAGUUGUAGGGUCCUUGGUGCAGAAAAUUGUACUGCCUUCUAGCAAAGGAAUUGGUUGUUUGCAGGAAGUUGUGGAUAAGGUUCUGUCGCUAAUGCUACACAUUCUUGAUGGACUCUAUGGUUCUAAUAACUUGUCAUCCAUCUCUGGCUGUUUGUUACAGUGGACUCCUGUAUUUGAGUUAGGGAACUCAAGUUUGGUGACUUUUCUUAGAGAACUGCUGCUGAAGGACCCUUCUGUAAUAUAUAUUUUCAGAGAUCAUAUUUUAAGUGCUAUGAAUGAUUUGGUAGAAUCUUCAUCAGAAGAAGUUAUUUGCUUGUUACUGUCCUUCUUUGAGAGACUGCAAAUGCACCCUCAAAGCUCUAACUUCUUAGAUGGAAUUUCUGAAGGGAGACUUUCAAAGAUAUGCCAUUAUAUGCAAGGGGUUAUUAGUAACUGGAUCAGGCUUAUAAAUGAUAUUGUACUUGGGAAUUCAUUACCUGCUGAAAUUGAUGACACCAAGUUGGCUGUAUUAUGGGGAGUUAUAAGCUGCUAUCCACAUAUGUUUGAUGUCCAAGCAAAUGGAUCUGUGCUGAUGGAUUUGAUAGAUGCACUUCAUCAGCUUCUUAUGACUGAAGAUGAAUAUAUUGCAGGUGUUUCCAAACACACUUGGGAAAGCCUAGUUGGUUCUGCUUUAGGUUCCCAUAACAAAUGGUAUUCUGCAAAAAAGCCUGGGCAUGGAGAAAUGUGCAAAGUAUUACAUCUUGCCAAGGGCUGCAAAUCAUCCUCGCAAGUACUGUUGCCUGCUGCUGAUUACUUAGAUAAUGUGAAUGGGCCUGCAUUGCAAGCAGACAGCAGCAAGAAAAUAUAUCAUCCUGUGCUUAAAGGAGAGAAUACUGUGGAUGCAGUUGGCAUUUUUGCCGAUAAUUUGUGUCACCCAGAUAAGGGGAUUCGUCUUCCAACUCUAAGAAUUUUGUGCCAUUAUGAGCCUCUCGGUUGUGAAAUUUCUGAUAAGGAUCAGCCAGCUGAGAAGAAAUUAAAAACAGAGGGUUCUCAGGCUUGUAUUGUAGACACUGAUGAUAGCAAUGUUCUGCAGCUCUUGCUAUCUAUUGAGGUCACUCCUCUUUCAAUUUCUACCAGCAGGAAAGUUACCUUAUUGAUAUCUAGAAUACAGAUGGGCCUCUCUCCUGGAAGGAUAUCUGAAACAUAUGGAUCACUUGUCUUGAAUGGGAUAAUUGGCAUCUUCCAUAAUCGUUUUAGCUAUAUAUGGGAUGCAGCUUCUGAGUGCCUUUCAGUACUGAUUAGCAAGCACACUGGACUUGUCUGGGAUAGAUUUAUUUCUUAUUUUGAGCAAUGUCAAUCCCUGGUUCAGGCAUCUGAUCUUCUACUUGAGAGAGUAAAUGCCAAUUUAUUUAACUCAUCUAGUGAUCUUGUAACGAAAUUCAAUUUGUUUCUUAAGCCUGCAUCUGAUAACACACCAGUCACAUCAGUCUUGUCCUUGUUGCUCCAAUCUCUACAAAAGAUUCCUUCUGUAGCUGAAUCUCAGUCCCGUCAAAUUAUACCUCUAUUUUUAAGGUUUUUGGGUUAUGAUAGCGAUAAUCUUGUGAGCGUGGGAUCGUUCAAUUCAGACAUUUAUGACAGGAAGGAGUGGAAGGGAAUCCUUAAAGAAUGGCUGAGCUUGUUGAAACUGAUGCGGAACCCUAGAUCAUUCUAUCGAAAUCAAUUUGUAAAAGAUGUUCUGCAGAAUAGGCUUCUAGAUGAGACUGAUGCUGAAAUACAGGCAAGGGUUCUUGAUUGCCUUUUGUUGUGGAAAGAUGACUUCUUACUCCCAUAUGGCCAGCAUCUGAAAAAUCUAAUCAAUUCAAAAUAUCUGAGAGAAGAACUAACAACAUGGAGUUUAUCUAAAGAAUCUGGUCUAAUUGAAGAAGGUCAUAGGGUUACUCUGGUGCCUUUAGUUGUUCGUCUUCUGAUCCCAAAAAUUAGAAAGUUGAAAACACUUGCUUCUCGGAAGCAUGCAAGUGUACAUCUUCGAAAGGCAGUUCUUGGUUUCAUAGCUCAACUCGAUGCUCAUGAGCUCCCUCUUUUCUUUGCUUUGUUAUUAAAGCCCUUGCAAAUUAUAUCAAAUGAAGAUGAUUGUGCUUCGAACUUGUAUUGGAACUUACCAAAUAGUUCUAUUGAUGAAUUUCACGCACCAAAUUAUCUGAAAUAUUUCACGGUGGAAAAUAUAACAGCCCUUUCCUGGAAGAAAAGAUAUGGUUUUCUGCAUGUAAUUGAAGAUGUUAUUGGUGUUUUUGAUGAAUUUCAUGUCAGACCUUUUCUUGAUCUAUUGAUGGGAUGCGUUGUUCGGGUAUUAGCAAGCUGCAGUUCGAGCAUUGACAUUGCCAGGGUUGCUGAAUCCUCCCUGGUAAAAGACCAUCCUGGUGUUGAGCUGAUCUCUGAUGACAAAGACAGUGCAGUGGUAAAUGAUCUGCAGACUGGCAUUGCCAUCAAGCAGUUCAAAGAUUUGAGGUCUCUAUGUCUGAAAGUUGUUUCUCUUGUUCUCAAUAAAUACGAGGACCAUGAUUUUGGUUGUGAAUUCUGGGACCUAUUUUUCACAUCUAUGAAACCUUUAAUUCAUGGUUUCAAACAGGAGGGUUCUAGUAGCGAAAAACCAAGUUCCCUGUUCUCUUGCUUUCUGGCUAUGAGUCGAAGCCACCGACUUGUGUCCCUAUUGUGUAGGGAAAGGAAUCUUGUUCCUGAUAUUUUUUCAAUUCUAACUGUCCCAACUGCUUCAGAAGCUAUUUUAUCUUGUGUUCUGAAGUUUAUUUCAAACCUGCUUGAUCUUGAUUGUGAGUUGGAUGAUGAAAACAGUCCCAUCCAAAGUGUGAUAUAUCCAAACCUAGAAGCACUUGUCUGCAGCUUGCAUCAUAUUUUUCAGAGUGAUAGUGCAUCUAAGAGAAAAUUGGUCAGAUGUCCUGGGGAAACAGAAAUUAGAAUUUUUAAAUUGUUAUCGAAGUACAUAAGGGAUCCAUUGCUGGCAAAGAAAUUUGUUGAUAUCUUGCUUCCAUUCUUAUCAAACAGAGUCCAAGGUUCUGGUAUCUGUCUUGAUGCCAUACAAGUUAUUCGAGAUAUCAUACCUGUACUAGGGAGUGAGAGGACCACUGAGAUAAUUAAUGCAGUUGCUCCACUUCUUAUUUCUGUUAAACUGGAUAUUCGAGUGUUUAUUUGUGAUCUUCUUGAAGCACUUGCUAGAACUGAUGCUUCUGUACUUGUGGUGGCUAGACAUGUCAGGCAAUUGAAUGCAACCUCAGCUUUUGAGUUGGAUGAGCUUGAUUAUGACACUAUAGGCAAGGGAUAUGAAGAGAUUGGAAUUGGAUUCUUUCGUGCUGUGCCAGUGGAGCAUACAUUACUCAUUUUGUCACAAUGUGUAUACGAUAUGUCAUCAGAAGAAUUAAUCUUAAGGCAUCAUGCUUAUAGGUUGUUUCUUACAUUUCUUGAAUUUUCUGCCAAAAUUCUUGGCCAAGAGGUUACAGAUCACCAUGAAACUGCUGAAGAGAUGAUGAUAGAUGAUGAAGGCUGUUGGACAAGGGCAUGCGUGCAGCGUAUUAUAAACAAAUUUCUUUUAAAAAAUAUGGGGGAUGCAAUUAGCUGGGGAAUUUCUGUGAGAAAGGAAUGGAUUGAUUUACUGCGAGAGAUGGUGGUAAAGCUUCCACAAUUGGCAAAUCUUAAUUUGUUCAGAGCUUUAUGCUCUGAAGAUGCUGAUCAAGAUUUUUUCAACAAUAUCAUCCAUCUACAGAAACAUAAGAGAGCAAAGGCUUUGUCUCGCUUUGCAGAUGUUAUCAGUAAAAGCAAUAUGUCUAAGGAUAUCAUAAAUAAAGUGUUUAUUCCACUCUUUUUCAACAUGUUGUUCGAUUUACAACAUGGAAAGGAUGAACAUGUUAGAACUGCAUGCAUGCAAGCGCUUGCUUCAGUUUCUGCUAAGAUGGAAUGGAAAUCAUACCACACAUUGCUGCUUCGCUGCUUUAGGGAGAUUAGGAUGAAGCCAGACAAGCAGAAGGUUCUCUUACGGUUAAUUUGCUGUAUCUUGGACCAAUUUAGUUAUGCACAAAUUUGUUCCAAUCAAGGAUCCAAAGAUUCCUUGGACAAAAUUUUAGGUUCUGAAACCAGUAGUACUAUUUCUUCAUCAUUGCAGAAUGGUGGUAAUUCUGUUAUGGUUGCUGAGAUACAGACCUGCCUUCAAAACACAGUGCUGCCAAAGAUACAAAAUUUAUUGAGUUCUGAUUCUGGUAAUGUCAAUGUUAAUAUCAGUCUUGCGGCACUGAAACUUCUAAAGCUUCUUCCAGGAGAUACAAUGGAGUCCCAGCUGUCUAGCAUCAUUUACCGCAUUUCAAAUUUUCUAAAGAAUCGUCUAGAAAGUACUCGUGAUGAAGCUAGGUCUGCGUUGGCUGAAUGUCUGAAGGAGCUCGGACUUGAAUAUCUGCAGUUUAUAGUUCGGGUUUUGCGAGCAACAUUGAAACGGGGAUUUGAGCUGCAUGUUCUAGGAUACACACUUAAUUUUGUUUUGUCAAAGACUCUUUCAAAGUCUACUUAUGGGAGCUUGGAUUAUUGUUUAGAAGAUCUCCUCUGCGUGGUGGAAAAUGAUAUUCUUGGAGAUGUUGCUGAGGAGAAAGAGGUGGAAAAGAUUGCUUCUAAAAUGAAAGAAACUAGAAAGUGCAAGUCUUUUGAAACCCUGAAAUUGAUUGCCCAAAGCAUAACUUUCAAAAUCCAUGCAGUAAAGCUUCUUUCUCCCGUUACAGCUCACUUGCAAAAGCAUCUGACACCGAAAGUGAAAGCAAAAUUGGAGAAUAUGUUGAAGCACAUAGCAGACGGAAUUGAGUGCAAUCCAACUGUAAAUCAGACUGAUCUAUUCAUCUUUGUAUAUGGCCUCAUAGCAGAUGCAACUAAUGAAGAAAAUGGGUUGGGUGUGAAUUCUUCUGGUACAGAGGCAAAUAAGCAUGGUAAUGAGAAAACUGUUUUCUCUGGCCAGGCUUUUGGAACUAAAUCUGCAUGUUCACAUCUUAUUACUGUAUUUGCUUUAGGGGUUUUGCAAAAUAGAAUAAAAAGCAUAAAAUUGGACAAAAAUGAUCAACAACUGUUAUCAAUGUUGGAUCCUUUUAUCAAGUUGCUUGGCAACUGCUUGAGUUCCAAAUAUGAAGAUGUCUUAUCUGCAUCCCUUAGAUGUCUUACUCCUUUGGUAAGGCUGCCUCUGCCAUCCCUUGAAUCACAGUCUGAUAAAUUGAAGGUGACGCUGUUGAAUAUCGCACAAGGAUCAGUAAAUCCUGGAAAUCCUCUUAUGCAGUCAUGUCUAAAAUUGUUAACUGUGCUUUUGCGAAGCACAAAAAUCACAUUAUCCUCGGAUCAGUUACAUCUGUUAGUUCAGUUUCCAAUGUUUGUGGACCUUGAAAGGAAUCCCUCUUUUGUUGCCUUGUCACUUCUAAAGGCAAUUGUUAAACGCAAGUUAGUUGUUCAUGAGAUAUAUGAUAUUGUAGUUCAAGUUGCAGAAUUGAUGGUAACUAGUCAGGUGGAACCAAUUCGCAAGAAAUGCAGUCAGAUUUUGUUGCAAUUCUUACUUGAUUAUCAUCUUUCAGAGAAACGCUUGCAGCAACAUUUAGAUUUUCUGCUUGCAAAUCUAAGGUAUGAGCAUCCGACUGGGAGAGAAUCUGUGCUUGAAAUGCUCCAUGCAAUUAUGAUCAAAUUUCCGAAAAGCAUUGUUGAUGAGCAGUCGCAGACCAUAUUUGUACACCUGGUGGUGUGCUUGGCUAAUGAUCAGGAUAAUAAAGUCCGGUCUAUGACUGGGGCAAUUAUAAAGCUCCUUAUUGGUCGUGUAAGCCAACAUUCAGUGAAUUCCUUUCUUGAGUACAGUCUGUCUUGGUAUAUGGGUGAGAAGCAGCAACUAUGGAGUGCAGGUGCACAGGUAUUGGGAUUAGUGAUUGAGGUCAUGAAAAAAGGUUUUCAAAAGCAUAUAAGUCGCAUAUUGCCAGUGACUAAACGUAUUUUGCACUCUACUAUUGAUGCUCUUACCAACACAGAGAUGGAUCUUUCUGAUGAAUCUACUAUUCCUUUUUGGAAAGAGGCAUACUAUUCACUGGUUAUGUUGGAGAAGAUGCUGCUUCAGUUUCAUGAUUUAAGCUUUGAACGGGAUCUUGAGGACAUUUGGGAAACGAUAUGUGAGUUGCUGUUGCAUCCGCAUGCAUGGUUGCGCAAUGUAUCAAAUCGCCUCAUUGCCUUGUAUUUUACUAACAUGAACGAGGCUAGAAGAGGUAGUUUUGAGAAGUCAUAUGGAGCUUUAUUCCUUAUGAUGCCAAGUAGACUGUUUAUGAUAGCUGUUUCCCUUUGCUGCCAACUGAAAGCACCUAUUAGUGAUGAUGAGGCUGCUACAAAGGAUGUAAGGCUUGGUGCUAAGAAGGAGAAGGAAAAGAUCCAUCAUCACCAGAGCAGCCUGAUUACAAAAAAUCUUGUGUUUACAAUUGGUGGUCUGAACUCCUUGAUGAAAGAGUGGGCUGGUGUGAACCAUACAAAGUUCUGGUUUACCCUUGAGCAGCAUGAGCAGGAGCUGUUUCUUAAAGGUUUUCAGUUGCUCAAUCCAAGAAAAGCAACAGGAAUGUUUUUGUCUAUUACUGGUGCUACACAUGACCAAAAUGAUACAGACCAUUCUGAGGGCCUUCAAUAUCUACUUGUCUUUAAUUUGCUUAAAGAGCUCGGCAAGCUUGCUCUUCAAAUGGAGGCUAUUCAGAUGAGGAUUGUCUUCAAUAGUUUCCGGAAAAUUUUGCCUGAAAUCGGUAAGGAUGAUUGCCGACAUUAUGCAUCUUAUAUGAUGCUGCCCUUGUAUAAAGUUUGCGAAGGGUUUGCUGGAAAAAUCAUCCAUGAUGAUCUAAAACAAUUAGCACAAGAAGUUUUGGAAAGUAUACAGAAGACUUUAGGCACUGAAGAUUUUGGACAUGUUUACGGUGAGAUUAAGAAGAAACUAAAAUCAAAGAGGGAUAAGAGGAAGCGAGAGGAGAAGCGCAUGGCUGUUAUCAACCCUGAGCGCAAUGCCAAGAGGAAGUUGAGGAUUGCAGCCAAGCAUCGUGCCAACAAGAAACGGAAGAUAAUGGUGAUGAAAAUGGAAAGGUGGAUGCGUUGAGAAUUGAUGUUAUGAAUGGUCUCCUGAAUAUACAGCUCUCCGAACGCUGCUUUUGUUUUCCAUGACUAAGGCAUGAGGAAAUGAUAUUUACUUGCCUUGUAUAGUAACCAAUAGAUACGACAAUGGAUAUAUCAUCAAAAUUUUGAUGUCCUCUUCCCAUUGCUUUAGUCUGGGAGGAAAUUUUGAGAAAUUCACCUGUUUCCCUCUGUUUUGAUUGCUGAGGGAUCUCGUUUACUUGUAAUACCAGAAUAUUUAUGGCUCAAUUUUUUCUCCAGAUUAAAAAGUAAGUUAAUCUUUAAUA